AAUCUCUGCUCGGUUUGGCGGGGCGCAGGCGGUUGCCACGGCAACGGGUGUGCUUAAACGACAAAGACAGAGAGUAAAACGGUGUGCACGACAACGAGACAGUAAAAAGUAUGUCCAAUCACAGAGGAAAGAUUGCUGGACUCUUUAUCUGCAUUGUAUUACUUGCAUCAGGCUUCCUUUCUUGGUAUAUCAGGCAUUUAAGAGCAGUUGCCUUUAUCAAAGAACUAUAUGUGCCAAGGGAAUCAACACCAGCAACCAUAAAUGAUUUGGAUGGCAAACUUAACUUCGGGGCCAGACCAAAUGUUCAGACCCAGACUUCCUGGAACGCACCUAUUAUGUGGGAACUGAUGUUUGAUAAUAAUCUAUAUGACCAAAAGUACAAAGAAGCCAAUACAGCUGUGGCCAUCACAGUUUUUGCUGUUGGAAGGUACCUGGAAGCCUAUCUCAAGACAUUCCUGACUUCAGCAGAAGAACAUUUCAUGCUGGGAUUACCUGUGACGUAUUUCGUGUUUACGGAUUUACCAGAGCAGGUGCCAGAAAUUACCCUGGCUCCUCAACGAAACAUCAGCAUUGUCAAGGUAGAGAAGCACAGCAGGUGGCAAGACAUCUCUAUGAUGCGAAUGAAGACAAUAUCAGAGUUAAUUGAUGCAGUUCUCCAGCACAAAUUCACUCAUGUCUUCUGCUUUGAUGUGGAUCAGAUAUUUAAAGGCAGAUUUGGCUCUGAGGCUCUUGGGGAGUCAGUAGCUUUACUCCAUGCUCACUAUUACAAACUCCCAAAGUACAGGUUCACAUAUGACAGAAAUCCAGAAUCCAAAGCUUACAUGACUGAAGGCGAUUACUACUACCAUGCUGCAAUUUUUGGAGGAACAUGUGAAAAAGUAAAGGCCUUGGCAGAUUACUGUUAUGUCAACAUCAUGGAAGACAAACUGAAAAAUGUAGAGGCUUUAUGGCAUGAUGAAAGUCACUUGAACAAGUACUUUUGGCUCAACAAACCCACCAAGUUGCUCUCUCCUGAGUACUGCUGGGAUGAAUAUAUUGUCAAUGCAGAAGACAUACUCGUCAAGCGCCUAGUAUGGGCCCCAAAGGACUAUGAGAAGCUUCGUACUGGGUAACAUGCAUAAAAUAAAAAAAAAAAAGUGUGAUGCAAUAUUGGAAAGAAAAACUAUUUUUUUAAAUGUGAUUUUUGUUUAUCUAAAGAAUUUGCAACUUCAGAGCUUCAACUCUCAUGGCAAGCUGGUAAAGUUUGUUUGGAAACUUAGAGUUUUAAGUGUAAAUCACUGUUAUUCUAAUAAAAACCUUUUUUCCUA